AUGCCGCCGAAACUGAAGCUCCUCCCUGCGAAGAAGUCCACGCAGCCUCCGGAGCUGCCGGAGGAGAGCGAUGAGCUCACUGUGGGAAACAUCCGCGUAGGCCCCCGUGGUGUCGAGUUUACCGGAGAGGGCGAUCUGCAAGUGCGUCGACCGGAUCUCAACUUCGAAAAUCUGAAGCGCGUUCGCCAACUCGGCCAGGGCACGCAGGGUAACGUCUCCAUGUAUGUGACGGCGGACAAGUCUGUCUUUGCAGUGAAGAAGAUCACGAUUCCCGUCACGCUCGACACUCGCACUCGCCAGACCGUCGCCGCAGAACUGCGCAACAUCUUCUCCGCGCAGUCGAACGAGUACACGGUGAACCUGUACAACGCCUUUUACCGUAACAGGGCGCUUCGACUAGUAAUGGAGUACAUGGACUGGGGGAACAUAGACGAGCUCAUCGCGGAGACGGUGAAGAUUCCGCCAACGGUGUGCGGCUACAUCGCAUCGCAGAUGCUGCACGCCCUCGCCAUACUCCACACGAAAUCGAAUAUCGUGACGGAGCUGAAUCAGCACAAGUCCCUGCGCCAGAUCCAUCGCGACAUCAAGCCGGCAAACGUGCUUCUCUCCACCACCGGCUGCGUCAAGUUGGCUGACUUCGGCAUUGCGACAAGUGCCGAGACGAUCGGAGUCAACUCAUUUGUCGGUACAGCGACGUACAUGAGCCCGGAGCGCAUUCAAGGGCGACGCUAUAGCACGCCGAGCGACAUUUGGAGUGUUGGUGUGGUGGUGGCGCAGAUGUUGCUCGGCCACUACCCGUUUUCCUCAGUGAGUAAAGGGUUCAUGGCGCUGCUGCGCGAGAUCAACAGUGUGGAAAAGUAUCCACUCAUGGAUGAGACCGGGUGUAGUCAGGAGGCGCAGGACUUCAUCGAUUCGUGUCUUCGACAAGACCCAGAUGACCGAAGCACCGCCUUUGAACUGCUGGAGUCUCCAUGGAUUAAGUACUGCGAAGAGCACGGCAAGGCCGAGAUGGUGGCGCUGCUCGCCUCGAUGGGUGAUCGAAACCGGCAAUACCACGAGGACGACACCUUGCAGGCUGCUUCCAGGGAGGCUUCCAGCCUUUCUCUCCCACGUGAUACCUCCGAUACGUGCAAAGCCGACAACCCCCUCGGCAUGUAA